UAAUCUAAUUGUGAUGCAUUUGUCAUUUGAGUCAUUGCCGACUUAACCCUGUUGGGAUAUAUUGGCUGGCCAUGCUCAUUCUGUCCAAAAAGAGACGGGAAGAGAACAAAAGGGCCUCAUUGGACUCUGUCCAAUUUCCUCCAGUUGACGCAACGAGUCCAAGUCCUUCUGAAAGGAGCUUUGAAGACUCUUCGGAGGAUAGCCCUUUGUUGCGAGAAAGGUUGUCUUCACUGGGACUGGGAAUUAGGACUGUGGAGAAGGAUGGAAAUUGCCUUUUUAGUGCAGUUUCUGACCAGCUUUAUGGCACACCAGAGUACCACCGAGAAUUACGAGAUGCAGUGUGUGGGUUUUUGCAGAGUCAUGAAGAAGAAUAUAGUAGCUUCGUGGAAGAUAAGGAUUUUCAGAGUUACAUUAGCGAUAUGAGAAAGUUGGGUACGUGGGCAGGAAAUUUAGAGCUUCAUGCCGUUUCUAUUCUGUAUCAUGUCAACGUUCGCAUUCACUGUGAAGACGAAAGUUUCGUGGACAUAGUUAAUUUUGAAGGCAAUGAAGCGAAAUGGAUAUACUUGUCUUACCAACACGGUGAACAUUACGGCAGUGUUCGAGAAGCGACAGAUUUACAGAAUUCCGUCCAUAGCUCAGUAAAGGACGUGCUUGAGUCCUCUCCAGUUCUAAUGACAGAUCCUCUGAUACAAAGUAUAUCACGGAGUCACCAAAUAUCUCCUAAACAGGUAGCAGAUUGGUAUUCGGUAUUCAAUGGCAAUAUAGAGUUAACUAACAAAUGGCUGAAAGUUUCCAAUGUAGCUCGCUCUUCUAAAUUAGUAAAUGGAGAGGACUCAAGAGGAUUUUCUGGGAAACCAUAUCAUGUGAGGACGUUGUCUAAUAUGUUUGGCUCGUCAAAGAACAAGAAAGCUGUGAAGAGAAAAGAAAGUAGUAACCCAUCCUGCCGAUAGAAGUCGUGUAAUAACACUAUUAGAAGCUGUAUAUUUUUAGUGGUUAAGAGUGUUUGAUAGGAUGGACGGAGAAUAUUUCGGUUCCAUAGCUUGCCAAAUGCUUUCUUAGGACAAAUUUUCUUCCUGUGGUAAAGAAUAAUUUUUAAAUGUUGA